AUGAACAAUCUAAUCUUCAAACUGAUGCUGAUAUCUUUGGUUCUCUUCGUUGGAUCUGAAGCAGUUCCACCGAAUUGCACCUCGAGAUGUAUUGUGACAAAGUGCUCGGAAAAUUUUAGCCAAGCUUGCAAAAAUAAUUGCAAAUGUGAAUGCUUGAGGUCAAAGAACAUCAAAUUCAACGAAAAGUUAUACUGUUCUGAUGUCUCAAAGCAGACAACCGCCAGUUCAACAUGAUUUUACAAGUGCUCUGAGAAAUUGUUUUCUGAUUUUAUUGAUAAUGACAAAAUGAAAAGCAUUUCGCUCUUUGUUUCUCCUUUAAAUUCGGAAUAAAAUAUAACCACGUGGUUAUCAGCUUUUUUGA